CCCAAACUGUCACUCACAUUUAACAGCUGGCCAAUGUUUACAUGCCCCUGUCUAUUAUUUGUAAAAUUGCCAGGAAAAUUCAAUUUGCAUAAUUAACCAAGUUAUAGUGGAAUAUUAGCAAGGAAGAUGGUGUUCAAAUGCCAAGAAGAUAGUUUUUUACGAAAUUUCACUUGCAAGGUAGUUUCAUGUGAAAUCGCAAAAUUAAACGUGUCACCUCCAGGAUGUGCAGAACCUGAACAGAUAAACGGAUAUAAUGUCGUAUGUGAAGAUACAAUUCUAUUCCCCGAAGGUGGAGGUCAACCAUGUGACUAUGGAACAAUCAAUGGGGAGCCUGUGCGCAGUGUUGUACGCAAAGGAAACGAAGCCGUUCAUUUUGUGGAAACCAAUAAAAGCUUUGAAGUUGGAACCGAAGUCAAACAAUCACUUGACUGGGAACGCCGUCUUGAUCAUAUGCAACAGCACUCUGGACAACACUUAAUAACUGACUUGUUUGAUAAAGAAUUCAACUACGACACUACUUCGUGGUGGUUGGGUGGCGAAACCUCGUUCGUAGAGCUCAAUACCAAGCAUGUGAUUAGCCGUGAGUCUUUAGAUGUUAUCGAAAACUUAGCCAAUAAUAUUAUUAGACAGGGAAAAGAAGUGAAUGUGGCGCUGGUUGAUGCAAAUAUCUUGUCGCAGAUGGAAGGAGUGCGUGCUCCACGAGGCUUGCCUAAAGACAUAGAAGGUCCUGUCCGCGUUAUACGUAUCGAAGGACACCGUGACAACAUGUGCUGUGGGACGCAUGUAUCAAAUUUAUCUCAACUGCAAUGUGUUAAACUUUUAUAUGCGGAAAAAGCAAAGAACAGUGUCAAUGUUCACUUUGUUGUGGGAGAACGAGUAACUAAACUUUUGGGAAAAUGCUUCCAGAGAGAGCAACAAGUAACACUGGCUCUUAAAUGUGGCCCAUCUCAGCAUGUCGACCUAAUACAAAAACUUCAAAAUAAUUUGAAGGCUGGCAGAAAAUCUUUCCAAAAAAUACUGAAAGAUUUAGCCUUGGUCGAAGCGGAAAAACUGGAAAGAAUGCCAAAACCAUUGCCAAAAUAUUACAGUUUACAUCGCAAAGAUGGCAUUGAACCAGAUUUUAUCAACACUUUCUUAAGAAAUGCCCCAGAUGGCGUGGCUUUAUAUUUUCUAACUGUUUCGGAACCAGCUGUAGGUCGCCAACCAAGCAAAGGGCAUAUGGUGCUGAAAGGCGAACCUGAUGUAGUGCAACAUUUUGGACCAAUUUUCAUGGAAAUGUUAGAUGGUAAAGGCAAUGGCCAAGAGGGCACCUAUCAAGGCAAAAUAAAUGAUUGUGAAAAACUUCGUCAAUGUGAGGAAAUUUUGGAAAAACAUUUUGCUGUUGACACUAAAACUGCUGUACCUCCAGCUCCAGGUUCAUAAUUGUUCUUAAUGAUAUACAUAUGUACAUAGAUUUUGAAAUGUUGAAACAGCUUUAUAGUUUUUUUUAAAUACAUUUUUGGUGUAGUAAAAAUCAGCUAACAAA